AACCUCAUCGAAGAAGGACAGGGGCGAGGAAGGAAAACUAACAAAAAUGCUGUAAACUUAUGUUAAGUCGUGCUGACGUGAUUAACAUGCAAGUAAAUAGUACCUUUCGCGUUUGAGUUUAUAGUACAAGCUCAUAGAAAGGGUAACACAUUUGGAGGCACAGCUGGGAGUUAUUUACAUGUGAGCACAGGCCCAUUCAUUGAACGGAAAACAAAUGAGAGACGUUUGAGAGUAACUAGCUAGCUAAAGUUAGCGGGCUAACCACACAACGGAUUUCUAGCUAUCUUGCCAUUGCCUGCAUUGUCGUUAUUUCCACGUGAGUAGGAAAAUAUGAAUCGAGAAAGAGAAACGUUGUUGGAUGAAAUCGAACAGAGUUUAUGGACUUUAACUGAGGACAAUUUACGGCACCUGUGUGUACGUUGUGGAAUAGGAGGUGUAGAUGACUCUGAAGUGAAAGGAAAGAGCCGUCGCGCAUUGCGGCGCAAACUGAUUCAAGAUUACUGUGAGAAGGAGGAUUUAAUGGAAUCAGAGGAUGAGGGAAUAUUUUGUCUGUUACAACUGAAAGACGAAAUAAAAGUAAUAUCAGACUCGGAGGAUGCUGCGAACCGUCUGCCUACAAGUCCUAGCCAGUCGGCGCCAACGACGCACUUGGACAGUGAACCCAGCGGAGAGACAGGAGCUGCGGCAGGACGGAAAGAGGAGGUAGGGGGUCCUCAGUCCAGCAGAAAGUUCACAGGCAUGCUACCUGUGCUCCCUCUAGAAGUCCUGGAGGAGAUGCUCCUAAAUGUCCCUCCACAGCAGGUGGUGUGUGUCUGUCGACUUGUGUGUCGUGAGUGGAAAGAAGUGGUGGACAGUGAUUCUCUUUGGAGAGAGAGGUGCCGAAGAGAAGGAUACCAGACAUAUGUGACUAAACUACCUAAAGACUGGCGUUUGUUUUACUUCUUGUGUAAGAAGAGACGUAAUCUUCUCAAGAACCCCAGAGCAGAUGAUAAAUUCAAGGGCUGGCAAAUUAUGGAGAAUGGAGGGGAUAAAUGGAAAAUAGAGUCAGUGGAAGAAGUGCCGCUUCCUGACAACACUGUCCAAAAGUACUUUGCGACUUCUUACUCGACCUGCAGGAAGUCUCAGCUGAUUGACUUGGAGAAAGAGGGUUACAGGCCUUCUUUCAUGGAUGACUUUCAACCCGACAUCAUUAUAUCUGACUGGUAUGCUCCACGGAGGGAAUGUGGCGCUAAAUAUGAGAUCUGUGUUGAGUUGCUAAAUCAUAAGAAGCAGCCAAUUAAGAAGUUUAGUCCAGGAACUGUCAUCUUUCAAAACUGGGAUGAUCAUAAAUGGAAUCAGAUGACUCAUGUGUUCAAGAAUUAUGGACCAGGUGUGCGGUACAUCCGAUUCAUUCAUGGAGGAAAGGAUACUCUGUACUGGGCCGGCUGGUAUGGAAUUCGGGUCACCAACAGUAGCAUCGAGAUCUGCCCAUCGGUGGACAGAUAGCUUUCGGUGUUCCCAUUUACUCUCCCAAGAGGUUACAUGUGAACAUUGUGCCUACCUGCAAGCUUUACUUCAGCAUCUGUACCUUAGCAUAGUGUACACCUUGUUCUGUCUUUUCUGCCUUUGGCACCCUGUUUCCAUGUGGAUAUAGACAAUUCUAGCUGUAGAAUAUAUACUUUUUUAUAUAUUAAUAUUCAUUUUCCCCUAGUCUGAUUUAGUGCCUGUUUUUGUCCACUCUGUUCUAGUGAGUCCUUGUGGACACUAGAGAGAAACAGAAGACAAGAACGUGUUCCUCAGUCUUGUCUUUCAGUGAUGGGGUUAGAGUAUUUUGUAUUUUAAACCGUAAGAAGGAUAUAGCCACAUUUGUAGUAAGAAAACAGAAACCACUGUUUAUUACAACCACAUCUAGCUGCUGUCGUCAAGGGAAAGGGUGGCUACUUUGAAGAAUCUCAACAUAUAUUUUGAUUUAAUACUUUUUUUGGUAAUUACAUGAUUACAUAUGUUAUUUCAUAGUUUUGAUGUCUUUACUAUUAUUCUACAAUGCAGAAAAUAAAGAAACCCUGGAAUGGGGUGUCACCUUUUGACUGGUAAUGUACAGUUGAAGUCGGAAGUUUACAUACACUUAUGUUGGAGUCAUUAAAACUCGAUCUUUUUGUAGAUUUUAUUUUAAUCCCCUAUUUCGUGGUGUACAAUUGGUAGUAGUUGCUUUCCUAUCGCUGCAACUCCCGUACGCCUCGGGAGAGGCGAAGGUCGAGAGCCAUGCUUCCUCCAAAACACAACCCAACCAAGCCGCACUGCUUCUUUUUUUGUGUCUAAAAAAAUAUAUAAUUUGCCCUUUUUCUCCCCAAUUUCGUGGCAUCCAAUUGUUUUUCAUAGCUACUAUCUUGUCUCAUCGCUACAACUCUCGUACGGGCUCGGGAGAGACGAAGGUUGAAAGUCAUGCGUCCACCAAUACACAACCCAACCAAGCCGUACUGCUUCUUAACACAGCGCGCACCAAUGUGUCGGAGGAAAAACCGUACACCAAGCAACCUGGUCAGCGUGCACUGCUCCCGGCCCGUCACAGGAGUCGCUAGUACUAGAUGAGAUAAGGAUAUCCCUGCCGGCCAAACCCUCCCUAACCUGGACGGCUGCGACAGAGCCUGGACUCGAACUCAGAAUCUCUGGUGGUAUACAGCUAGCACUGCGAUGCAGUGCCUUAGAACACUGCGCCACCAGGGAGGCCUUAAAUCUCGUUUUUCAACAACCCCACAAAUUUCAUGUUAACAAACUAUAGUUUUGGCAAGUCGGAUAGGACAUCUACUUUGUGCAUGACACAGAUCAUUUUUCCAACAAUUGUUUACAGAAAAAAAUUUUCACUUAUAAUUCAGUGGGUCAGAUGUUUACAUACACUAAGUGGACUGUGCCUUCAAACAGCUUGGAAAAUUCCAGAAAAUGUCAUCCCAACCGUGAAGCACAGGGGUGGCAGCAUCAUGUUGUGGGGGUGCUUUGCUGCAGGAGGGACUGGUGCACUUCACAAUAUAGAUGGCACCAUGAGGAAGGAAAAUGAUGUGGAUAUAUUGAAGCAACAUCUCAAGACAUCAGUCAGGAAGUUAAAGCUUGGUCGCAAAUGGGUCUACCAAAUGGACAAUGACCCCAAGCAUACUUCCAAAGUUGUGUCAAAAUGGCUUAAGGACAACAAAGUCAAGGUAUUGGAGUGGCCAUUACAAAGCCCUGACCUCAAUCCUAUAGAAAAUUUGUGGGCAGAACUGAAAAAGCGCGUGCGCUCUAGGAGGCCUACAAACCUGACUCGGUUACACCAGCUCUGUCAGGAGCUUAUUAUGGGAAGGUUGUGGAAGGCCACCUGGAACAUUUGACCUAAGUUAAACAAUUAAGGCAAUGCUACCAAAUACUGAGUAUGUAAACUUCUGACCCACUGGGAAUGUGAUAAAAGAAAUGGUGAAAUAAAUCACUCUAUUCUGACAUUUCAAAUUCUUAAAAUAAAGUGGUGAUCCUAAUUGACUUAAGACAGGGUAUUUAUACUCUGAUUAAAUGUCAGGAAAUGUGAAAAACUUAGUUAAAUAUAUUUAACUAUGUAAACUCCCGACUUCAACUGUAGGUGAAUUAGACAAGGAUUUCAUUUUUAUUAAAAAGACUGCAUGGAGGCUUUAAACAAGGCAGGCCGACCAAAGGAAAGAAAGCAAAGUGAACUUGAAUGUAAAUUUGUAUGUACAUAACCAGCUGACAAAGGACACCUUAAGAAACAUAGUUAACACUUUUGUAAACAUUUUAUUUGUUAACAUGUACAGUAUAUUGAGGAUACACAGAACAUGGUGCACUACCUUACUAUAUGUAUGAAGAUCAUUAUUUCAAGUGUUGGUAUAACUGUUUGUAAAACUAAUACUUUUCAAUUCAAUAAUAUAAUGUAGGCAAAUUUGGUUGUACUGCAAUCCUAUCGAGAUUGCUUCUUAUGCCUUUACAAUAUUAAAUAAAUGUAAGUGUACUGUC